AUGGCAUCUAAUGUUUUUGUAAUAUCAAAAUUUCAGUCAAAUUAAGGUUUCAUAAUAAUUGUAAAUAGAUAUAAGAUAAUCGUUAAAAAUGUGAUGUCCAAGUUUUUAAAUUCAAUUUAAUUAUUGAAAAUUAUGAAUUGCCAUCAAAUCCUGAGUGGUGCUUGUAAUGCUGGGGAUCGUUGUUUUGCUGUUGGGAGUGUUGAAGGCGUUCCUUUCACAGCAUACGCAGCAGGAUGUAAUAUCGUAAUAUUGGCCAGCACCUUUGAACGAGUACAGAUCAUACCGGGAGCUAUUCACAACUAUGUUCGGAUUAGUUGCGUCGACUGUUCAACCGAUACUGGAAAAAUUGCCGCAGCUUACGACAAUCGGAUAUGUAUCUUCGAACCUACACCACUUAUUUACAGCAAUUCGCCUCAUCAACUAGACUACAGAUGGGUUCAGACCGGAAGUUGGACUACAGAUUCUCGUAUAACAUCACUGUCCUGGAACCUAGAAGGGAACCGUUUGUUGACUGGGGGCGAUGUUUUACAGCUUUGGCAUCAAAGAAUCAACCAAGCGAAUGAAGGCCUUACGACAGAAGGUGUUACGUUUGAAAUCGGCGAAGAAGCUACUCCAACAGCUACGGCGUCUAGUUGCGGUACAGGUAUCGAUUCGAACGAAGAAGAUGAUCGUGGAUGGGAUUGUGUGUGGAAAUGUCAAACAGCCACACCGGUUCAUCAUAUCGCAUUUUCACCCGAUGGUACUCUUUUCGCUACAGCAGGCAGGGAUGAUCGUUUGGUUAAAAUUUGGUUCGAAAAUAAACAACUGUUAUUUCCUACCAAAAGUGUCGAUCAGAGUAUGAUUUCUUUGGGUGGAGCUUCUACUUUUUCGGAACUUAAUUACGGAUUCGUUUAUAUAGCUCAUCCUCGCGCCAUUACUCAUUUAUCUUGGAGGAAAACUAGUAAAUACAUGCCAAAAGGCUCAGUUUCCAACAUGUUGGUUACAUCGUGUCGCGACAACAUAUGCAGAAUCUGGGUCGAAACGGUUUUACCAGACGAUGGUCUAGUCAAUAUGAGUCAGUUUGAUCCGCUAGCUGCACAUAAUCCUAAAUUCCGUACCCACCGUCACAAACAUAGAUUUAUGCAACGUCUGAAACACAUGAAGACUUGUUUUCACAUUAGAAGACAUGUUAAACAUGGCAGCAAUAGCGGAGGCGGAAAUACUGGUUUGGGAUCGAGCAGCACCAGCACGACGAUACCGACAUUGCCAUCGACUUACAGUGUUCACGAUUUUCAUAGCUACGGAUUCCACGGCACAGGCGUUAUUCCUGGAUUGCAUUUUCAUCUGGCUGCUAGCAUUAAUGCCGAAACAGACAUUCCAUUAGUACCGAGUUUAAUUACCGGUGAUCCAGAAAGAGAACCGAAUUUCGUUCUGCAUUGGUUGAAUAAUAAAGAAAUGCAUUUUUCAAUCCAAGCUGAAAGCAUUUUAAAUGAAUUGACGAAAAAAGUUGUUGAGAAAGAAGAUCUUUACGGAGGUAAUGAAUAUGCUCCUCAAGAACAUACUGAGAUGGAUUUUAGUGAAAUGAACGGUAAGAAAAGAGGCAGCAAAGUGAAAUCAAUGUCUCAAGAUGAAAGCGGCAGUGACGAACAGCACACCAGUCACAGAUCAAACAGUCAUCAUACUUUGAGCAAUGCAACCUCAAUCAAUUCAAUUGUUACCGAUGCAGCUGGUCCUACAUCAAUCGGCCACGGAACCGAUUCUCUGGAUUCCAAAAUAGAAUGCCUGCUUCGGGAUUGGCAUCACAGUCCUGAUUUAUUAUUCGCCGUUCACCCUAUCGACGGUAGUUUCUUAAUAUGGAUUGUUGAGUGGUUAGACGAAUACCAUCCAGGUUCUUUCCGUCAAGCCCAAGUAUCUUUUUCGACCCGUAUUCCUUCAGCGUUUCCUUUAGGAGAUGCCACAACCAUGUCCACGAACGUCUGCCUGUAUCAUACAUCAAGCUCACAGAUCCAAUUAGCAUUUAGAGAUGUUGUACGUACUGCUGCUGCUGCCACAAAGUCGCCACCCAAUGGUCAUAUAGCUUCACUUAGCGAUACUAACGGUGACUCCGUCCUACCUCGAGUUGACGAAGAAGAUCCCAUUGAAAUGGAUAAUCAACCGCCAUCGUACGAAAAGAGUUCUAAACGCGAUGGCGUUGAGCAUAACCUUAGUGGGAUGAGUUCUCCGAAUUCUGGAGAUACGACCUUGUCUGAUAUUAUCGCCGCUCCUCCAGCACCCACCUUAUCUAUGGUCACUAAACACUUGAACGGUAGUUUGAAUCUUUGGCAGUUGACUUUCGCGGAUAAAUCAAAAUUCUCACAGGUUUUAAGUAUCGGACACGCGUCUCGAGUGAGUGGACACAGAUUCCGUGUCAAUGAUAUAACAUGCCAUCCAGUCUUACCAUUGCUACUAACCACAUCUCACCAUAACCUACCCGACGGCUCUGCCAAUUCGCCUAUGUCACCUGUAGCUCCGGAUACUCCGACUGUACCCUCGGGAUUCUGCAGCGAGCUUAUCCUGUGGAGAGUGGACCCUGUCGGGCCUCUUUCGAAAUCCGGAGGUGUCUCCGAGCUUGCCAGAAUUAAUUCGUUACAAAUAUCUGCCUUCUCGAAUGUUGCCUGGAUUCCGACCUUGUUACCAAGCACAACUUUGGGUAAUCUUUCCAAUUCACCGAGUGCCUGUUUCGUUGCAUCUGACGGAGAAAGUUUGAGAGUUUAUCAAGCUGUUAUCGAUGCCAGAACUUUAUUAGCUGAAGUUUCUACGUCUGAACGGAAAAGUCGAAUGAUGGGAUCUUUGGUCAGCUUAACCACUGAAAGUUCAUCAGAUGCUGGAUUAAAGGAAGGAAUGCUCCAUGAUAAAAUAAAAAUCGUGUCUCAGCAAUCCACCGCUAGGCCUGGAUGUAUUAUACAACUCGAUCCUAUUUCCGACGCUACUCACGAUUGGCAAAACACUCAAUUUUUGCACGUAUUCCAAGAACAACUCAUCACCGGAGAGAGAACCGAUCACGUUGUGCCCGAUCACAAAGCAUCCGAUCUCGGUCUAAUGCACUCGAAUUUCGGCGCCAUGGUCGACCUGCAUCAGAAUUCCGAUUUCGAAGAACCUUUCUACAUCGUUUUGCUGGAAAGAACCACUCAAGGAACCACCGUUCACAUGUGGCGAUUAGUUAUCGCCUCGUUGCCCGAUUCAGAUGGAUUAACAGGAAGUAUGAUGUAUGUACCGGAUAGUCAGCUUGUUCAAGAUGACGAUGAUGUUGAAAGCUCCGGUCGUAGUGGAGCUUGCGGUAUUACCGGCGAUAAUGAGAUGCAUUCGUCGCUCUCCGUGCCUCAUAUACUUAUUUCUACAACUAAAGUCUGUACUCAAGAGUUACCGUUACCCGAUGGAGUAGACGUCGUACACGCUUCUCCAGCCGGAGGCCAUCUAAGCUCAGCUUCAAUUUAUCCGGCUUGCUUUGCUCCUUAUAUUUUUGUGACUGCCUGCUCCGAUAGUACCGUCCGAUUUUGGAAAUGUAAGCUAACCAAAACAUCAAACAAUGAUAAAAAGUCUAAAAAGAAGUUCUCCGGAUACGAAUGGGUUGAAUGGGAUAUGCUUCGUAAAGAUCAUAAAUCCGUCAUCGAAAUACCAGGUCAACCACUCAACAUCAGCGCAGCUUACAGCGGUCGUAUAGCAUGCGCUUAUAAAUACGGUAAAUCGUUCACACGUCCUUCGAAAAAGGAUUCGGAUUCGAGAUACGUCAACUUAUGCGUCGUCAUCUACGAAUGCGAAAGCACCGGAGGCUCCGAAUGGGUCUUGGAAGACACCAUUUACCUGAAAAACAUCCAUUUACCCAGACUACAAAUCGACCCCAGUUUAGAUUUGAGUUACUUCAACAGUCAUUCGUUUCUCUCCAAGAAGCAAAGGCUGCAGUCUAAUUUCAUGAAGGCUAUUUCAUCCGAAGAAUUGGAUGCUAGAUCGCAAGUUCGAAAUGGAGAUCAUCAUUAUAACGGAGUCUCCGAUAAUAAUCUGGUCAAAACUGGUUUGUUGACUGUGCCAAGUUUCAGUACGUUGCAAACGCUUCGAAAAUCCAUUACUGAGAGUGGCAAUACUUGCCCUUUGACGCAGAAACAUCUCGUGCAGUUGGAUUGGGUCUCGAAAGAGGACGGUGCUCAUAUUUUAACUAUUGCUGUAGGAAGUAAAAUCAUGUUAUUGACAUCGGUAUCAAGCGAUAUAGCUCAAGCGAACAUGAAAGCUAUGAAGGAAUCACAAUCUACCAAUAGACCUAUUCUUCGAAAAACCUCUUCUUUGGCAGCUCCCAAUUUUAUUGACGAGAUCAGAUGGAUGAAAUUACGUAAAAUCGAAUUAAAUACUGCCGAUGGUCUACCUCCGUUACCAAUGCAGAUUUCAUGGGUUCGAGAUGGUAUCCUUGUGGUAGCCAUGGAUAGUGAAAUGCACGUGUAUUCGCAAUGGAAACCUACUAUUCAAGGUCAAAGUAAAUCCGGUGGUAAUUACUUACGACAUCAAGAAUCAGACGAACUACAAGAUACCAGGAAUCUACGCGACGAAGAUCUUAGAACAUUGGCUCAAGACACCACUCAGCGUCGAUUAGCCAAUGUGAGCUCGAUGCCUCACCUGUCUCGUGUCAGUUCCAUCAAUUUAACCAUGUUGGCUGCCGAAACCAAGAAAAAGAAACCUGGUGCUGGUGGAGGCGUACAGCAGAAUGAAUUACCCAAUAACAUGGAAUCCUAUAUGCCCGAUUACGGAUUAUUCGAAGCCAGCCGCAUUGCUUGCCCUGUAUUACCUCAAUAUCACCCGAAACAACUUAUGGAGUUGUUGAAUUCGGGCAAAAUACGUUGGGUGAAAGCCAUAUUAGCCCAUUUAGUCAGGUGUAUUUCGAAUACUUGUCAAAUACGUCAAGGCGGAGUUGUCUGUUACCCAGAUGAUGAGAAUAACAAGCAGAGAGGCUGGUCGAAAUCUAGAACGUUGUCUGUAUCGUACGCGGGUACGAGUCCGCUAGAACAAAGAGGUUCGACUACAGCUAUACCCGAAGAAGUGACUUUGGAUUAUGCGGAAAUCACGUCCAUUCCACCUCUACCAUUGUGGACACUUUUAGCUGCUGAUAAGGAGAUAUUAGCUUCAGCGAAUCGGACGGAGGAAAAGGAUUAUAAUAAAUUAUUCGACGGAAAUAUCGCCACAAUGGACGAUAACCUGGACGAAUUACUAGAAGAAGAAGACGAAGUGGGAUCUCCUCGCAGACGUGACCGUCGUGCUUCGGCCGGAUCGGAGAAAAACUCUUUGUCACAUUUCGGACCUCGUCAAGGACGUUUGCUAUCGCGUCUUCUGACUCAUACCCACCUUCCAGGCUUAUCUAGUCUGGAUCAAAUGCACCUCUUAGCUCUAGCAGACACUGUAUCAACGUGUAAUACAGAUUUCGCCGAAAGAUUCGCCGUCGACUCAGCCAAAAAUCCGAUCGGUAAAGAACCUCACGAUGGGAUGAUCGAAGGAGAAGUUUCUUCCGAUACCUUGGACGAUUGCGGUCUACGUUUCUUGCUAGCGAUGAAACAUUACAACUACUUGCUGCGUUGUCUACCUCUAGUGCAACGUGCUCAAUUCCAACGUCAGGGUGUCAGCUCGAAUAACCUUGUAUGGGCAUUCCAUUCGGAAAACGAAGAAGAACUUUUGCAACUUAUACCAUCUUAUGCCAAAGGAACUCCGAAAUGGUCCAUUUUAAAAGAACUAGGAGUCGGAUGGUGGCUGAGGAAUCACACUUUGCUGAAAACAUGCAUGGAAAAGGUGGCCAAAACCGCGUAUCAAGAUCAACAAGAUCCUCUAGAUGCUGCAAUCUACUAUCUAGCUAUGAAAAAGAAAUCGGUCGUGUGGGGCUUGUACAGAUCCAAAAGAGACGAGCGAAUGACCUUGUUCUUUUCGAAUAACUUCGCCGAAGAUCGAUGGCGUAAAGCUGCCUUGAAAAAUGCCUUCGCUUUGUUGGGUAAACAACGAUUCGAACACGCUGCCGCCUUCUUCUUGCUGGCUGGAGCACUUCGAGAUGCCAUUGAGGUGUGUUUGAAUAAAUUGGAGGAUCUGCAAUUGGCCAUGGUGAUCGCUCGAUUGUACGAAGGUGAACGUGAUCCAACUCCGCCUAGUUUGAAAAGGCUGCUAUAUGAGGAAAUCCUCGGUUGUGAUAGUAACGGCGAUAAACCACGUCCUGUUAUGGCUCAUCCUGAUCCAUUCCUGCGUUCGAUGGCUCUCUGGGUGCUACGUGAUUAUACAGGUAGUUUAAAUACCCUUCUGCAGACAAACGUGGGAACCAUGCAUGCUCAAUAUUCGGAUGAAGAUAAACCGGAUUCCGCCACCAAUCCAAACGUGUUCAAUUUCUACGUUUACCUCAGAACCCAUCCUUUACUCAUACGUCAUUAUUUGGCAUCUGGAAUCCAAGACAAAAAGAAAGCUCUAGUUGUUUUAUCCGGAUUCAGUUACAGUACCGAUUCCAAAACUAAAUGUACUGCUGACCGUCAAUUAUUCUUGGAAGAUACGAUUACUCCUUUGGAAAGACAGUUAUACUUUACUACCGCCCAUGCUCAUUUCAAAGCCGGAUGCCCAGCUUUAGCCUUAGAAGUUUUAUCCAAAUUGCCCAGCAAGGUGCUAGAUCCGAAUGCAGAAGACACCAACAGUACCAUUAAUAGCCCGAUCAAAAUCACCGUCCAAGAUAGUCAAAUUGGUAGCGGUAUUUUAACAUGGGAUGAACAGAAUAAACCGAAUGAAGCCAUUAAUACGGAAGUAAUUGCCCCGAAAGAAUCAGCUUUGGAUUUCGAUUGGUCAGCGCCUGUAACGCAGUUUAAAGAAGAAAAGCUCGAAUUGAAAUGGAGCGAUGAUGAAGACGAGAAAGAUGGAGCUGGUGAAGAUGAAGUGGAUGAGGCCAAGCCUAAAAAUUCCGAUUUGGCUCUCAAGUCUGAAAAAAGUGGCGAAGAUGUGGUGGACGAGAAAUCCGACGACCCUACGAUUGGACUCGAUAUAAUGGCCCAACAAUUGAAAUUCGUCGCUUGCCUGAAGAUCCUCAUGGAAGAAUUAUCCACCUUAGCCACAGGCUACGAAGUAGAUGGAGGAGAGCUGAGAUAUCAUUUAUACUUAUGGCUCGAACGAGAAGUAGACGCGUUGAGGCAUUUGUGUAAUUAUAGCGUCGGAGAUAUGGAUUAUUCGGAUGAGAUUCCAUUGGAUAGUUCUUAUUACGAUAGCCGAGAUAUGAACAGUACUCCUACGAAAUUCUCCUCCGAUAAGCCCACCCUUCAUGAGAUUCUAAUCGCUGAGAAAUUAGACUUCGAAGCCAAAGUUCAACGUGCCACUAGACGUAAAAAAUGGCUCAAAGCCAAUGAAACGCUUCUACGAACGUUGCUGAGUUAUUGUAGCCUACACGGAGCCAGUGGAGGUGGAUUGGCUUCUGUUCGUAUGGAGUUGGUUCUGUUAUUGCAGGAGUUGCAGCAAGAGAAAACCCAGCAACAGCUCUUGUCUCCGUUACCAUUCCCGACUACGUUGCCAUUAUUGUCGGCCAGUGUGGCUUGUAAUAAAACCGUGGUCACUGACCCAGUACGAUUCUUACAGUCUCAUGCUCACGAUAUUUUACAAACUAUUCUGGAAAUGAGAAGCCCACCGAUGUUCAAUAGAGUAAACUUGUGCGAACUUUUCGUUCUGAGAGACUUAGCAGUAGCAUUAUCGUCUUGCAUUUAUCAAUCUUUAUGCGACAGUGAUCCAUCCGGUGUUAAUAAACAGUUCUCUGAAUGUUACCAACUGGGUGGCUUGGAGAAUCUUUCGUACGCCAAUAUAUCACGCAGCCAUCUGAUAGCGUCACAACGCAAACGUCGUUACAGUAUCGAAGAACUUACUCAAGUGUCAACGCCUCCAUCUAAAUGGCCCGGAGUGACUAAUUUGAGAGCUUUACUGGCUCGUGAAAAAGACGAAGAUACUCCUCGACUGAAUAUUCUACUCUGCGAGUCUUUCGUAGCAUCUUAUAUGAGCUUGGUGACGUAUGCUUUGGCGACCUGCGAUUGUCACAUUUUAUACAGAUUGUCAGGGCAAAGGUUCAGCGAAAAAUCGUGGGCUACGUUGUUUGGUGGCGGAGUAAAGAAGCUGCUGAAGGUUGCUCAGGCUGCCACGAAUCAGGCAUUACAGUCUAGUAUCGAUAAAGAAACCUCUGGCGAAACUGGAGUCUGGACUGCUAUGACGAGUUUAACCAAACAGAGAGUUCGAUUGAAUAUGAAAAUCUUAGGACCUUUUGGCAGUCAGUCUGGAACUGGUAAUUCUAGUCCACAAAUCAAAGAAGAUAAACCAACGUACAGAGAGCAAUUUGUCCCACCUGAGAUGUCCAUGGUAUCUUACUUCUUGAGCAAACCUUCUGCAACCGAUGAUAUACAAGAGUUUGACUACGAUUCAGCUGACAGCGCUGUCUCCGAUUUAUCAGAAGGUGAAGAAGAAGAUGAGGAUGUGUUCGAUAGUGGUGUUGGUGCUGAAAUUAGCCAUUCAAAACGUCAACAAACCAAAGAGAAUACCGAGCAUUCGAAUCCGUACAGUUAUGCUUGGCUGAUUAUGAGAUUAGCUGUUAUGAAAUUGGUGCAAGAUCAGUUGCAAGACUUUCUCAAUGUUGCUGGUGUUGAAUUGCAAGAAUUACCGGUGAGCAGUCCACUGAUACACGGUGUCAUCAGAGUCAUAAGUCAAUGGCAGAAAUUGCUGAAAGAGGAACUGGACAACAAAGGUCCUCCACCAUCAGAUUACGUUCCUGGCUGCUACGUCGAAGAUACCAGCACCGGACCUGCUAUUCAGAAAUACAAAUGCCUGCUGGAUAAAUCAAAUACUCCAUUCCAUCCUCGUCAUUGGUCCGCUGCUCCGGCUCGUCGACUAUGGUGCUACUUAGUGAGACAAGAAUCAGUUCAAGAUCUAUUCAUCAGAAGUAUUUUCGGUAAACAACAACGUAUGUUUGGUGGCACCAUCGGCUGUAACGAUUAUACCGAUAUGAACAGUCCUCAUGGAAGCGGACCUACGCAUAAUUUACCAGAACCUGUUCGUAUCAUUCACAAAGAACAAGAAUCCAUAUCAGCCUUCUGCCUGAAUCAAGUUAAUAAUGGUUUGAUAUCCAUCGCUACACCGAGAGAAGUACAAGAAAUGGAUAUUUCUUUGCUGUUAGAGCUGCCCUCGUGGCUGGAAGACGAAUGCGAAUUUGAUUUAAUCAAUUUAACCAAAGAACCAGAAUUACAACCAGCGACAGGAUUUUUGGUCAUUCAAACAGCGAUGGAUAAACAAAUCCAUAUGACGCCCGGAACGGUCAUCAUGAAUAACGCACCAAACGCAACGCAGCCCGGACUUGCCGGCCAAAGUGGACGCGGAGCUUCUGUUAUGAAAGGAUUAACUUUCCCAGGCUCUCAUGAUCCACGUUUUUGUCAGUUUGUGAUCGAUCGUAGUCGUCAUUUACUGAAACCGGUAUUGAAACAUCGCGUCGAUAAUAUCCGAAGAAUGUGUGCUCAUCCUUUAUUGCCAUUGUAUUUAACCGGAUCUCAAGACGGAUCGGUUCAGAUGUGGGAAUGGGGCCAUGUGAAGGCUGUAUCAGAACCCAGACCUGCUGGAACAUUUGCCAAAGUAACCAGGGUACGGUUUUCGCAACACGGUAAUAAAUUUGGAGUAGCCGAUGGAGAUGGUAAUUUGUCUCUGUGGAAUGUUGGCCUGUCGCCUUCGUAUAAUCGACCCUUCUUUACAUACCAAUGCCAUAACAAGGUAACCAGCGAUUUUGUGUUUCUGGGCUCGUGCAGUUUAGUAGCAACGGCAGGUCAUUCGUCGGAGAGUAAAAACGUGGCGUUAUGGGAUUCGUUGCUUCCACAGAGAAAGGCUCUAGUCACUUGUUUCCAAUGCCACGAUCAAGGAGCUUCGAGUAUACUAUACGCGCCUCAACACCAAUUACUCAUAUCGGCCGGUAAAAAAGGCUAUGUUUUUAUAUUCGAUUUGAGACAACGCCGUCUCAUGUACAGAUCGCAAUUACACGACUCGCCGAUCAGAUGUUUAGCCUUGGAUCCGCACGAGGAAUUCUUCGUUACUGGAGCCGCAGACGGUGAUAUUAAAGUGUGGGGAUUAGCUGCUCAUCAGCUGAUGUGCUCGUUCCCCGGUGAACACGCUAGGUCGAGCUUUUUCAAGCAUAUAGGCCAAGGAGUUACGCAACUUUACGUAGAUUCCGAUGCUAGGCUGUUUUCAUGCGGCGCCGAUGGCUCCAUGAAAGUCAGACAGUUGCCGGAAAGAGAUUUAGUUCAUACAUAUUACUAGUCAUGUUAGAAGACGUUAUCGAUAUGCUUUUUUUUAAACUAAGAAAUUAUAAAAAUUUUCAAAAUAACGCCCCCUCAACUAAGAUUUAUCAGAAUUGUCUAUAGGGAAUUUUAUUUAAUUUUUUUUUUUUCAAAAAGAAGGAACAGUAAAUAUUAUAUUGUAUACGAAAGGUUUUAAUUUUUUUUUACUCGUACGGACGCGAAAUGAAAUUCCAUUUUAAAAUAAAAACGCGGCGAAUAUAUUAGUAGAUUUAUGUAUUAAAAAAAUUUUAUAUCAGUAUUAAUACGUAUUUAAUCUUUUACCAGGCUCGUUUCGUUAUCACCUGAUUAUACAAUUUUUUAAAUGUUUUUUCCCCUCUUUUUUUUGUUCAUUCAUCGCGCGCAGUGCAAUACCAUUUUGUUUUUUUUUUAAUUUACUUAAUAUUUAUGCUAGUUGAAGAAUUUGCGUGAAUUUUUGUAUAUGUAGUAUACCUAGCGAGAAAAUGCAAAGCAAUUCGCCAAAACGCCGAAUUAUUUUAUAUCACGAUAUCGUAUAGUAUGAUAUUAUUUUUUUAGAUAGAUUUUUGAUGAAAAAAAAUAAUAAUUAUAAUAUUGUCGUACGCUAUAUGAUAUAAUAUUAUGCAUAUAAAUUAAUUAUCUAAAUUUUUGCCCCCCUUUCCCUUCGAAAAGUACAAUGUAGCGUCUUGGAAAAUUUUUACAACAUCAUGUUUUAAAGUACAAAUAAAUCAUACUGGCGUUGUUAGAUACGUUCAUAUUCAUCGUGAUGUACCAGAUCGAUUUGAAAAGUCAUUUUAACCUAAAAUUUAUUUUUUAGUUUUAUCGGACCUUUUUUUUUAAUUUUUUUUUUUUUAGCACUUAUCUGUUCAUUAGGCUAGGUAAAUAACGGUUUGAAAAGAAAAAAUUGAAUGAUCGAGUUUUUCUUCGUAAAUAUGUUCAGAAAGAUUAUUCGAACAGGUAUCCGAAAGUUUACACCCCGUGAUCCUUAUUCGAUCCCCCUUAAGAGGGUCAAAUGUGUCCACAAUUUCAAUGGGGGUCUUAUAAGAAUUAGGGGUGUAAACUUUUGCUUGUCUGUUCGAGUGGUCCUUUUGAACAUAUCAACGAAGAAAACCUCGAUGAGCCAUCAAUUUUUUCCUUUUUACCCCCUUUUUUGACCUUAUUUCCCUGGUCUACAUUGUUACCAUAUUAUACUUUUGUUUAUUCCGUGUUUAUUUUUUUUUCUUUCUCUCUCUUUUUCUUGUUUAGCUUAGUGUUUCUCUUUAUAUAAUUAUUAAAUAAAUGUAUUUGUAUAUUUUAUAACCAUGCCAGACGUAUAUACAUAUUAAACGGCUUGAAUUUUUAAUUUCUCCUCAUUUUUUUCCCCGAUCAGACGACUCGUUUGUCUAGAAUAAACUCUUAGCCAAAUUAUCGAAAAAAGCAGAGAUGAAAAUUUCGGAUUAAUUAUACACAUAUACUUACGAGAUACAAAUAUGCGUAGUUAUUAAUUUAUUUAAUUUUAUAUCAAGUUUUUAUAAAUUUUGACGAUAUGUAUAUUUACAUGAUUAUUUUUAAACGUUAACGCAUUUGUUUUCUUUCUUUUUUCGUAGAAUUUUUAAGUCGUGUAUUUAUGUAGGAUUUUUUUGUUUGUUUGUUUUCUUUUUUUUUUUUUUUUGUUUCGUUUCGUAGGUAAAAAAACCUAUACAAAUACUCAGUUAGGUUUAGAUGAAAGCGUAGAGUAGAUGAUUUAUUAGGUUUAUUUUUACGUGUAUCGAGUUUUCAAAAGUGGAUUGGAUUUAACGGAUGGGUAUAGUGGAAUUGGUCUUAGUGGAGUGCUUGAUGGGGGUCUGUUGGUCUGUUUUACGUUUUUGAAGGGGAGGGAUUUGUGAUGGAGUGAUAAGCCCAUGAUUCUGAUUGGUUGAUAAUACAAAUUCUUGAUCGUAAAUCGCGUUUUUUGAUGAUUUUCUUUUGUGGAUAUUUAAAUUCCAUGAAAGUUUAGGUCGAUAAUUCGUGGUUUUGUGGAUGUUUUCGUGUCAUUCAAUUCUCCAUUGUUCAUAUUAAUUAUUAAAAUUGCCAACGUAAAUAAUUACCGUUUAUUUUCAGUAAUUUACCCGUAAUUGCUGAAAACCCUUAUGUAAUUUAUCAAAAUUUACGCUUAUUUUUAGUGAAUAAGAGGAAAUAUAAUAUCGUAUUGAGUAAUUUGCUCAAAAAUUGACUACUUAUACCUUUGAAUAAUUUAUCAAAAAUUAUUACCAACUUUAAUAAAAAUGACAGAAAAUUCCAGUCAAUGGUAAUUUACUCAAAAUAACCAGUAAUUCACCCGAAAUUACGAGCAGCUUACCUAAAAUUACCAGCGAUUUACCCUAAAUUAUCAGUAAUUUACCCAAGAUUACCAGUAAUUUACCCAAGAUUACCAGUAAUUUACCCAAAAUUACCAACAGUUUACAAAAAUUUACCAGAAAAUUCCAGUCAAUGGUAAUUUACUCAAAACAACCAGUAUUUUACUGAAAAUUACCAGUAAUAUACUGGAAAUUACCUGUAAUUUACUGGAAAUUACCUGUAAUUUACUGAAAAUUACCUGUAAUUUACUGGAAAUUACCUGUAAUUUACUCGAAAUUACCACAAAUUUACCCAAAAAUACUGGAAAUUUACCCAAAAUUACCAGAAAUUUACCCAAAAUUAUAAGAAAUGUACCCAAAGUUACCAGAAAUUUACUUUAAAUUACCAGUAAUUUACCCAAAGACCAAAAUUACCAGUAAUUCACAAAAAUUUACCAGAAAAUUCAUGGUAAUUUACUCAAAUUACCAGUGAUUUACCGGAAGUUAUUAGAAAUUUAUCCAAAAUUACCAGCAAUUUACCCAAAAUUAUCAGCAAUUUACCUGAAAUUACCAACAAUUCACCUGAAAUUACCAGUAAUUUACCCAAAAUUACCAGCAAUUUCUAACUUUGAUCAAGUAUGAAGUAAGUGAUAUUUUCUGGACAGUUUGGUAAAUUUUUGGUAAUUGUGGUAAACGAUUGAUAAUUUUUUGGCAAAUUUGUGGUAAUUGAUGGUAAAUUUCUGAUAAUUUCUAGUAGGUAAAUUAGUAAUUAUUAGCAAUAUUUGGUAAUUCUGGUAAGUUACUGGUAAUUUUGGUACAUUACUGGUAAAUUUGGUAAAUACAGGUAAUUUUGGUAAAUACUAGUAGUUUUGGUAAAUUCUGGUAACUUUGAAAAAUGUUUGGUAAUUUUGAUAAAUUUUGAUAAUUUUGGUAAAUUCUGGUAAUUUUGGUAAAUUACUGGUAAUUUUGGUAAAUUACUGGUAAUUUUGGUAAAUACUGGUAAUUUUGAUAUAUUUUGGUAAUUUUGAUAAAUUCUGGUACUUUUGGUAAAUUUUGGUAAUUUUGGUAAAUUACUGGUAAUUUAGGUAAAAUACUGGUCAUUUUGGUAAUUUACUGAUAGUUUCAGGAAAUCAUUGGUAAUCAGUCUUAGUAAUUUUUGGAGAAUAUAUCCCAAUUUCUGGUAAAUGACUCGUUAAUUCUGGUAAAUUACUGGUAAUUUACGCUAAAUUUCUAAUGAUUUCAAUUUUUGGUAAUUACUGGUAAUUUUGGUAAAUUACUGAUAAUUUCUUUUUGGUGCCUAAUCCAUUGUUACUAGUAAUUUUUUUUUAAAUUGUAAUUUCUGGUAAAUGACUGGUAAUUUACGGUAAAUUAUUGGUAAUUUCUCGUAAUUACAUCGGUAAUUUCAGAUUUGUGAAAAAUUUUAAAAAUUUGAUAAAAUUAGAAUGAUGAACGAUUGCUGAUUCUUCUCAUCCUCCGCCCCUUUUUUUUCGACAACUCAGUACCAAUGUUUUUGAAAAAUCCCAAAAUUUCAAUCCUGCUCCCCCUCUUUCCUUCUCAUCCCCUUCUCAUUUAAAAAAAGAGAAAAAAAUGGACGCAUUUUCCCGCAGUAUUUGAAUAUUGAUUCACCUAUCGAAGACUCGAUACAUUCGCAUUAUUAAAAAAUUAUAAUUAUAAUAUUGAAACUACAUAACGUACGAUAAAUUCACAUACGCGUAACUUUUAUUUUUACAAUUAUGACAAUCGCGAUAUUUUUCAACGUGCAAUUUUUUAAGCAUAAAAUAAUAUCUUAUAUAACGAUGUUUUUAAGGCCAGUUUUGAUCGUAAAUGGCAUCCAUAAUGUGAUCAAUAUAUACGACAUACGUCAACUGAAGUAUUUAAAAAUGGCAAUUCGAGCUAAAUAAUGGCCAAAUGAGUUCGGUAUAAAUUGGAAGAUUUCUUUUUGGCUAUCGAGUAUCGAUCGAUGUAUUAAUCCUAACCAGUUCGUAGAGUAGUUCCUGAUUUUGAUAUGUGUUAUUAUUUUUUUUUUUUGUAAUAAGUUUGUGAUAUUUAAAUAUUUUUUUUUUCUUUUCAUAUUUAAGUACAACGUUUUUCUACCUUUUUAUUUCUAAAAAAAAAGAACAGAAAGGAAAUUGGGUAUUGAAUUUGAUGAAAUCUCUCUAAUACAUAGUUGUACGAGUCUCACUCGAUUUUUCUUUUUUUUUUUAAAUACUGAACUCUCCGAGAACAUUUCAUCUUCGCACUCGAAGUAUCUACAAUACAUAUAUACGAGACAACACACGUGAAAAAUUGUCAUACGAGGAAUGCUUUAUACUUAUACAAUUUUUAAAAAAUGAAAAAAAAAUGUUCGAGCAAUAUUUUAAUUUUUGUUUUCUAAAAAUUACCUUACGCGUUUAUUUUUAAAUUUAAGGUUGUUUUAUCUACUAUCAAACUUGUAUUCUGAAAUAUUACUUAUAUAAGGUAGUAUUAAAAUUUCAUUUCUAUUUACUCCGCUUGUAGUUGCUCUUCAUCGUGCUUCGCUUUUUUUUCUUCUUUCUUUUCUUAUUGAUAUUCCUCUUUCCACUUCGUUUUUAUUUUUAUUGAUUUUUUUUUUGUUACGUUUCCCCCAUUUUUCAAUACGUGAGUAGAGAAUGUUGUUUAGUUCGUGGUAACGAAUUGAAUUCGGUUGAGAAAAAAAUUUUGAGCCUAGCGAGGUUGGGUAUUUUUUUUUGUUUUUUUUAGAGCAUCGUGUAUCUGCUAUUUUCAUUUUACCAAUGCUCAUUCAUUCUUCGACAAUAUUUAUCGUUAUUCUGUUAUUGUAUCAGUAUAAAUAUUAUUACGAAAGGAAACUGGAAAAAAUUUUAAAGAAUGCUUGCGAAUACGAUAACGAGUUUGUGAUGUUGAAGCGAAGUUGAAUGGCUGUUCCUUAAUUCACGUAUUUUUAAUUAUUGUUGUUUGCAAAUCGUAUUGUGAUAUGUACAUGGUUACAAAUGUUAUGGUUCUUCUUUAAAUUUUAAAAUAUACGAGUAUAAAGUA